AUGACUACGCUAAUAAUUGUGUUAUGGCGACACCGAUUGAACUUCCACGGCUAUUACAAGCCAACCGCGAUUAAUUCUUCCAAAAAUAACAAUAACUUUAAGUUAGUUGUGGUGGGACCUGAGAACUCAAUUACCGAUGACAUCUGCGUUGAUGUGUACUGUCAAAUCCAAGCAGGUUUCGGACCUCGUGACCAUUGUCAUUCUUCUUUGAUGGACAAAGUUCGUGAACUUGCAUCAAAUUAUGGUUCAACUAGAAGAAUCAUUGUCGUUUUCGAAGCAGAACUGCAAUAUUUGAUAGCUAAAAUCAGAUUUGAAUUAGGAGUUGAAGGACUUGUGCCAGAUCAAGUGGAACAAGUAAUACAUAUGAAGGAAAUGAAACUAAUUGCUAGAAGAAACGGACUUAUGACAUUAAGACAAACCGUGAUUUCAUUGAAAACUGAGCCAUCGGUAUGGUUGGAACUUAUCGCUACAAAACUUGGUGGCUUUCCUGUAUUCGCCAAAUCAAGUGUCAACAUCCAUUCACGUAAAAUAACUCGUUAUUUAAUCCAUGAUUCUGAUGAAAUGCAUAACUGGAUUAAGAACAAACUUGAAAUGGAAAACAAAUUUGAGAAUGAAUUUGUGGUAGAAGAAUGUUUGAGAGAUGGAUACGAGUUUGUAUCGCUCUACUGUAGCUCGGGUUUCAUUUGUACAAUAGCUAAGAUGAACGCUGACAAUACUUUAUUUGAAACUAUUCGAGAUCAAAAGCCAUAUGCAUACGAAUAUCUCAACGUUGAACAAACGCGGGACAUCUUACCAGGUCUAGAAUCUUUCGUACUUCGAACAAUCAAGUCACUUCCGGCAUUGCCUAAUUCAUCAUUUGUAUUCAUUGAAGGAUUCUACAAGAAUGAUGAAGACAUCCAAAACAAGACUGAAAAAUCAACAAGAAAUCACCAUGUAUUGGUAAACUUUCCAAGUACAGAAGGAGUACUGCUACAUCAAACAAACAUACCAAAACGUAAUUCACUUAUGCGUGUAAUAUGGAAAGCUUGCGAAGGUCAAGAACUGACUUCAUGUAAUUCUUUGGAUGAUAAUGUAUUGCAGAUAUUUCUAUCAAAUCCAAAUCGGGCCCAGGUAAUGGCAGACGUUAAGGAUCUGAUUGCAAACACUUAUAUUGCUGUGGACCGUUUAGCCGAGAAGCACAGCUACUGCAGAAGUAUUCGACGAAAUAGCAUCAAUCAACUGAUUCGAAGUUGGACAACUGCCGAUUAA